GAUAAUAGAUUUCGUGUACGUUAGCGGCUGUAAGAUUUUUAAUUUUUACGUAAACGCGUGUGAUUUUUUAUUAAUAAGUUCCUAAUAUAUCAUUUUGAUAUCGUUUGAAAUUUUUUACGUCGUUGGAAAUUAUUACGUACGUUAUUUGAUCAUGGAGGACGAGGAAGAUGGAAAACCGUUCGCAAUCGAACGAGCAAAGUCCGGCCGUGCGAAAUGCAAAAAAUGUAAAUGUCCUAUCGAGAAGGAUACAAUAAGGAUCGCGAAAUUAAUUUCGAAUCCUUUUUCGGAGGGUUCGAAAAUGAAGGCAUGGCAUCAUGUGUCUUGCAUUUUCGAGUUAUUCGCGAAACAGAGAGCUACGACUAAGAGAAUCGAAGAUCCUGAGGUGGAUAUUAGUGGAUGGGAUAAUCUUCAGGAAGAGGACAAAAAGAUUGUCCUUGAGAAGCUUCAAGAGUUUGAACAAUCCUAUUCUUACAAAUCACCGAAAACGAAAACACCAUUAAAAAGGAAAAGAAAUUCUUCGGAUGGUCAAUCAACAACAACGCCGAAUAAAUUGGAGAAUGAAAUCGAUAACGAGACGAAAUCACCGAUGAGAAAGAAAAUAUCGAAAAAAUUAAUGGGAUCUCCGGAGGAUUCUAAGAAUUAUUCAGACGAUUCCAAGACGGUUAAUCUCGUGGAAUCUAAAAUGGCCUCCGAGUUAAAGAUACCAACAAAGGACGAUCUAUUUCGCGAAUUUCGACGUAUUUGUGCGAAUGUAGCGGAGGUCGACGCUUACAAGGAGAAAACGGCGAUCCUUAGGAAUAUGUUUAUUCAUGGAUCGUCCGGUGAGGGAUUUAAGAGCGACAUCGUGCUUUGGUGUAAGCUGCUUUUGCCCCAAGCGGCAAAGAGAAUUUACAAUUUGCAAAGUAAACAGUUGGUCAAAUUGUUCUCACGUAUACUGUUGCAAGAUGAAAACUCGAUGUUGGAGAAUCUCGAGCAAGGUGACAUAGCCGAAACGAUUCGUCUAUUUUUUGAGAGUAGCACGGCCGUUAAAGCCUCGCCAAAAAGUUUGCUCACGAUUCAAGAGGUGGACAAGUUUCUCGAGUUCUUAUCAGGUUUAACGAAGGAGGACGAACAGAUGCAUCACUUUAAGUCUAUUAUUGAUAAAUGUACUGGAAAUGAUUUGAAAAUGAUUAUAAGAUUGAUAAAGCACGAUCUUCGAAUAAAUGCUGGCCCUAAACAUAUCCUUAACGCUGUUCACGAGGAUGCAUUUAAAGCGUUUCAAGUGUCAAUGAAUUUAGAAGCGGUAGUGCAACGAUUUUUACCAAGUACCUCUACGCCAUCGUCGACUUCACCGAAGGAAACUACCUUAUUGACUUCGCCAGGAGGUACUAAAAUAGCACUCUCUCUUAUGACCCCUGUUUUACCGAUGCUGGCUGAAGCAUGCAAGUCCGUUGAAAUGGCAAUGAAAAAAUGCUGUAAUGGGAUGUUUGCUGAAAUUAAAUAUGAUGGUGAACGUGUUCAAGUACAUAAAAAGGGUAUUGAAUUUCAAUAUUUUAGUCGAUCUCUUAAACCAGUAAUGGCACAUAAGAUAAGACACUUUAAGGAUUACAUUCCGAAAGCGUUUCCAGAUGGCGAUGAUUUAAUUCUUGAUUCUGAAAUCCUUUUGAUUGAUAAUAAAACUAGCAAACCAUUGCCAUUUGGAAGUUUAGGUGUUCAUAAGAAAUCAGAAUUUAAGGAUGCAAACGUUUGUCUUUUUGUCUUUGAUUGCAUUUAUUACAACGGAGAAGUACUUAUUAACAAAUCUAUGAAAGAAAGAAGACAGAUUUUAAAGAGUAGGAUGACAGAAAUACCUAACAGAAUAAUGCUGUCUGAAUCUCAGGAAGUGCAUAAAAAAAAAGAUUUGGCAGAGAUGAUAGCAAAAGUUCUGAGAUUGGGUCUCGAAGGAUUAGUUCUGAAAGAUAUUAAAAGCAAGUACGAGCCUGGUAAAAGGCAUUGGUUGAAAGUAAAGAAGGAUUACUUGUUCGGUGGUGCUAUGGCCGAUAGUGCAGAUCUCGUUGUUCUCGGCGCAUGGUAUGGUACCGGUCAAAAAGGAGGAAUGAUGUCAAUCUUUCUUAUGGGUUGUUACGAUCCUGAUGCGGAUAAAUGGUUAACUGUGACAAAAGUACACUCAGGCCACGACGAUGCAAUGUUAGAGGCACUUCAAAAUAAACUCGAUAUGAUUAAAAUAGGUAAAGAUCCAGCUAAAGUUCCAAAAUGGUUACGAGCAAACAAACCAAUGGUACCAGACUUUGUUGCAAGAGACCCUAAGAAACAACCAGUCUGGGAAAUUACUGGAGCAGAAUUUACAAAUCAAGGAGUGCAUACAGCAGAUGGAAUUAGCAUUAGGUUCCCACGAGUAACAAGAAUUCGCGAUGAUAAGGAUUGGUCUACUGCUACGAAUUUGAAUGAACUUCGUGAAUUAUUUAGAAGGAGUUCUGACUGCUUAGACUUUAGCAUUCUCUUGGGAACCAAUAACAGCGAUAAGAAAGAUCCGAAAUUAAUUGCUUCGACCAGUUCUACGCCUUCGACCUCCGGCAAAAUCGAUAAAGGAAAAAAUAUUUCUCCAAAAGGAGUAAAAGUCGAGAAAACAAAUGUCGACGACGAUGACAAGGAGAAAACUAAAGGAAAAAUUAAAAUAGAAGGUAGAAUCAGAGUUAAAAAGGAAUUUCAUAUCGAUCAACCAAGUACGAGUAGACAAAUAAUGAAAGAAAUAGAAACAUGUGGAGAGGAAAAUGUUAAAACGAAAAAGAUAUCAAAUUUACUCGAAGCCAGUUAUGAUCCUGAUAUUAAAAUAAAAGAAGAAGCUACUCCAAUCGAGAAUCUAGAACACGAAGAAUCCAUAAUAAAGGAUGAAACUGAUUCUAAAAAAGAUGAUACAUCCGCCAAGUAUUAUUCUUUCGUUAAUAACGACGUAUGUAUCAUUAUUUUCCUAUUGAUCGUUAUAUAUUCUCGUAUCGGUUAUAAUACUUUUAUUAAUUCAAUGUUUUAUAUCAAUAUAUUGUAUCAUAUUUUCAUUGAUUCACGUUCUAUUCGAUAUUUUCAUAACGCAUUUUCACGCCGACGGUUGUUUUUGCGUUUCUCUCUGUAGAGCGACGCUUAUAUCAAUGCUUUUUUUUAUUCUACUAUUCUUCGAUUAACACUAACCGUAUCAAGCACAGUCAUUUGAUUUACGAUUUACGAUUUACGAUUUCAUCUUGAAUUUAUACAUAUAUAUUAUUUCUUCCGAUCAUCAUCAACUAUCUGUAAAAUUUUAGAUUCUCUUGUUAAUCAAUUUCUCGUCUUUGAUUUUUUUUUCUCUUCUGUUUCUUGAGAUGAGAAAAAUUUGUCACCCCCGUUUCUUAUCAUAACCGAUCACAAAUUUGACCGGUGUAUAAAUUUUUUAUCAUCUUCUAAAUUUUUCUACCUGGAACCUUACCUCUGAACUUUAGUAUCACAACUAUAGAUAAUUCCGUACAUCUUAACAUGAUUUUGCUCUAAUUUGAUAUGUAAUCAACAGAUAUACAUAUUGAGAAUAAUCAAAAUAGUCACAAACUCGAUAUAAAUCUGAUCAAUGAUGCACAAUGAUUCCCUACAAAAGUAAGGUGUAAAUUUACACACUGCAUAGUAUAUAUAAGUAAGCAUGAUAAAUUUCUCAUCAAGUUUUGGAUGCCAACAGUAAAUAGAUUAUAAAGAAUUUUCCAUAUUUGGGAGAAGAAGCAUCUCGACCGUCGUCACCAUCACUCUGUCAAUUUAUUAUCCUCAAAAUAGUUGAACCAUUUACUGGAUGUUGGAGAAAUAUUACGACGGAUAACUUUUUCACGAGCGCAUCAUUGGAGAUAAAAUUAUUGGCAAAACGAACAGUGUUAUUUGGGAUUAUUCGGAGUGACAAAAAAGAAUCGUCCUAGUUAGCAAGAUCAGCAAAAGACGAAUUGGGACGUUUCACAAUGUUUAUUUUACAAAACAAAUGAUUGUACUUUAACAAUUUCUAAAUCCAAACCAGCCCAAAAAGUUUGUUAAAGUACUAAGUUUAAAGUAUAAAAGAAUAGAAAUUAAUAAAUAAGAAAUAUUAAAGUGAAUAUCUGAAAGAGUAGCAUAUUAUAAGAAAACCACAUUCGACGUCAAUGUCAUCGAUAAAAUGGCAAGGAAAUACAGCGUCAAAUGAGAAUUUUAUAAAUGGCCUCGUACGAAUUCCUUUCAACGUACUUUAUUUCACUGGUAUAAAUACAUACAUUCUUUAUAAAUAAAUAAGUGGACAAGGUAUAUCCAGACAACAAUUUCUACUAUAAAUAGCAGAAGAGCUAGCCAAAGAAUAUCACGAAUUUCUGCAAGAAGAAAAAGAAAACUUACAAGGAAUAUCAAACGGGUCAAGGCAAUAUUUCUCAUUCGAGAGAAACAUGCUAAAUAUGAUUCUGCAAAGAAAGCCAAACAACUGAAUCUUGUCUAAUUAAUAAAAAAUAAGUUUGCGGUAAAUGUAGAAAGGUGAAUCCUAUCACUUGCAAAAGAAUCCCGUUAAAUAAAUUAAAAGCAUCGUUCAUUUAUCUCUAUGUAAAGUAAAUACCGCCACUACGAUCUCCUGCUUGCGUUAUACGCAAAAUAUAUAAAAACGAAAAUAUACGAAUGGUUAUUUUAUCAUUAUUUAAAAGUUACGUUGUAAAGAUUAGUUUUUAUAAGAAAUUGACAAUUUCUGCUGAAACAGGCUGAAGAAAGGUUUAUUACAUCGGUGAAAUUUGUACGGCGGUCAAACGACCGGUUAUGGUAAAAAUCGGUAUAGCGAAACGCCGGUACGAUUAGUGUUAAUGUAUUUUUAAUUUUCAUUAUUAAAAUUUCGAUUAUAUGGUAAUUUUUUUUAGUUACUAAACGAACUAAAUUUUUGGUGAUAUGCUCACCCUGACGGUAAAUUCAAGAGUAUAUACGUUUCGAGCGCGACCCACCCGUGGAACGCGUUCGAUGAAAGAGUCGGCCGCGAGCCACCGGUGGUACGCGCCGGCGUGAACGUGUUAAUACGUAAUUUUAUUGAUAAAUUAUAUAUCUUAUUUUUAUUGAUAUACUUUUUAUUAAUAAAUUAUAUUGGAAGAUGUGAAUAAAUGUAAUAUGACAAUAGUAUAUCGAAUACAACGCGAGAGGAAGUCCAUUAAAUUGGAUCGACGGUCGGAAGCCACGAAAAGGAUUGCCGUCCGAUGCUCGGCCUUUAUCCGACAAUAUGGAGGAUGUACUCAGAUCAAAGGGCAUUUUUCGAGAGGUUCGUGUCAGUCUAGCACGAGACAUAAAAAAAAAGAGACGGAAACGUUUCUACCGAGAAUUAAAAACACUGGGAGCAAUUGUUUUAAAAGAUUCCGAUCGACACAAGUCCACUCAUGUGAUUCACGAUCGUAAAGAAAUUCCAUCGACAAUUCUCAAGGUAUAUUCGUAAUUUUUUAUAGGAUUUUCACGAUAUUCCAAAAAGUGCAAGACACGUAAACUCAUCGUGGGUGGAAGAAUCUGCUGCGUCAUCGGAAAUGAAGGAUAUUUAUCCGUAUGCAGUAACAUUAGCUGCGGAUUAUUGUAACUGUCCUUGCAGCUGUACCCACUAAUGAUGAACGAGCAUCAACUCAAAAUAUCUUUUGUCAUAUUAUUGAUUUUCCUCAAGUUCCGUCGAGCUUUUAUCUCUUAUUUCAUUAUUAUGGAGAUAUAGAAACAUUUAAUUAAUAAAUUCAAAAUAACGAAUAACGAUGACUAAAAGAAAAAAAGAAAAAAAAAAUAGAAAAAUUUAAAAAUGAAAAAAAAAAUACUUAUCGCGUAUUUCUUAUUAUUAUAGAAAUAUAAAAAAUUCGAAGUACGCGACAAAAAACGAAAAGAAAUUUUUGUUAAGUAUUAAGAACUUGGAAUAUUUCUUUUUUUUAUGAGUUAUUAUUUUAAUAGAUUUCAUUUUAGUAUUCCUCCGUAAUUCAUUAUUUUAUAUUUACAUAAUAUGAAAUUAAAAAAUAUAUUAGGAGAUGCUGUAAAAGCUAAAAUUCAAUUCAGAAGCCAUUGCAAAAAACGGAUAAAUUUGAUGGAAAAUUUUGUUUGGCAAAAUUGAAGAAGACAUUGUUAAAGGGUGUGGCUACCCAUUUGUAUGGUUUAACACGUUCACGCCGACGCAAACCACCGGUGACUCGCGCUCCACUCUUAUAUAUGCUUGGAUUUUCUGUAGAGUGAGCGUAUAUUAAUUUGCUUAAUGUUCAUAUUUUUAAAUCGAAAAACUUCAUUGAAAUUAUUUAUUGCUAUAGAUGGUGUAAUUAUUAUUAUCUUUUUAAAAUAAUUAAUAAUAAAUUAGGUUGAUAUAAAUUUAAAUUUAAAAAAUUAAAUGGUUACUUAAAUUUAUAACAACGAAAUAAUACGAAAGAAAUUUUCGUUUUUUUCUUUUUGCAUUUUCUUUUUGUAAAAAAAAAAAAAAAAAAACAAUUUAUCCAAUCAUGGAAACUAAUAUUUAUCGAUGUCCUUUAUCUAUAUAUGGUGUAGAAUUUUAAGAAUAACAUAUAUACAAGUACAUAUAAUAUUGCUUAUAUUUUUUGUUUCCAUUAAAGAUUAAUUCUGAUAUAUUUCGAAUAAUAUUGUGGAUAUCAUACUAUAGUUUGAGAAUCAGAAGGCAUUGUACAUGUCAUAAAAUAUCAGCACAUUCCAGUACAAUGCAUUCCAUUAUUAGUUAUUUAAUUAAAAAAAUAAAUAGAAUCGUGCGUUUAAUUUAGAACUGAUUCAUGCGUGAGAACAAACAUUUAAUUUGCCAUAACAAUCAAUAUUUUCAAUAUAUUUCCUCAGAUAAAACAAAUCAGAAAUAUCAGCAAUACUAUCGUUUCCUUGUUUGUAAGAGAAAAAAAAACGACAACAAAAAAGAAAAAACCAAACCUAAGUACGAUAUGAAUUUUGUUAAAUUAUUUUUGUUUCGGUAUAGAGGGAUAUUGCAGGAAGGAUCGAUGGUUUUUCUUACUUUUGCGAACUUAAGUCCGUUUGAUAGUCAUUUUCUGAAUAAUAAAAAACACGUCUUUUAAAUUAAUAAUCAUUUAAUCAUUUAAUCAAGAAAAAUACAAAUUAUUAAAUGCAUAUACAUAUACAAAUAUUUAUAUUAAAUUUGUGUUUGUAUAUGGAUCUGUAAAUUAUUUUUAUUUUAUAAGUUAAACAUUCUCUGAAUUUUAGGAAAUUAUUAAUAGUGAUUGAAAAUUAGAAAUACAUCCGGCAAAGUAUAUAAUUUCAUUGUGGAUGCCAGGACGAUCGCCUUACAUCCACCAACUGAACUAUUGUUCAUAGUCAUUUUUGGAAUCAAAAAAGUAUUUCGAAUAUUAUUAAUAAUCAUCCAAUAAAAAAAAUAUAUAUAUAUAUAUAUAUGUAUAUGUAUAUAUAUAUUUAUACUAAAUUUGUACAUUAAAGUGUGGAUCUGUAAAUUAUUUUGCCUUUUAAGUUAAACACUACCGAAAUCUUAGGAAAUUAUUAAUAAUGUUUGAAAAUUAGAAAUACAUUCGGCAAAUAAAAUAAUUGCAUUGUGGAUGCCAGGACGAUCGCCUAACAUCCACCGAUUGAACUAUUGUUUCUAUGGAUCUUUUGACCAAAAAAAUUAUUAUGUAUAUUAUAAAUAAUUAUCCGAUAACAAAAAAAAAACAAAAUAUAUAUAUAUAUUCGUAUUAAAUUUGUGUGUGUAUAUGGUUCUGUAAAUUAUUUUCUUUUAUAAGUUAAACACUUCCUAAAUUUUAGGAAAUUAUAAAUAAUAGUUUGAAAAUUAGAAAUAAUCCGGCAAAUUAUAUAAUUGCAUUGUGGAUGCAAGAAGGAUUGCCUUACAUCCACCAACUGAACUAUUGUUCAUAGUCAUUUUUGGAAUCAAAAAAGUAUUUCGAAUAUUAUUAAUAAUAAUCCAAUAAAAUAUAUAUAUAUAUAUAUAUAUAUGUAUAUAUAUUUUGAUACUAAAUUUGUACGUUAAACCGUGGAUCUGCAAAUUAUUUCGUUUUUUAAGUUAAACACUUUCGGAAAUUUAGGAAAUUAUUAAUAAUGUUUGGAAAUAAGAAAUACAUCCGGCAAAUAAAAUAAUUGCAUUGUGGAUGUCAGGGCAAUUGCCUAACAUCCACCAACUGAACUAUUGUUUCUAUGGAUUUUUUGAACAAAGAAAUAAUUUUGCAUAUUACUGAUAAUUAUUCGGGAAAACAAAAAAAAAGGAUAUAUAUAUAUAUAUUGAUAUUAAAUUUGUGUGUGUACAUGAAUCUGUAAAUUAUUUUAUUUUAUAAGUUAAACAUUUCCUAAACUUUAGAAAGUUAUAAAUAAUGAUUGAAAAUUAAAUAUAAUCCGGCAAAUAAUAUAAUUGCAUAGUGGAUGCUAGGAUAGAUCGCCUAACAUCCACCAACUGAACUAUUGGUUGUAGGUAUUUUCUGAGUAUGAAAUUAUUUCGUAUAUUAUUAAUAAUUAUUCGGUAACAAAAAAAAAGUAUAUGUAUAUAUAUGUGUAUAUAUAUAUAUAUAUUCAUAUUAAAUUUGUGUGUAUAUAUGGUUCUGUAAAUUAUUUUCUUUUAUAAGUUAAAUAUUUCCUAAAUUUUAGGAAAUUAUUAAUUAUUAUUGAAAAUUAGAAAUACAUCCGGUAAUAAUAUAAUUGCAUAGUGGAUGCCAGGACGAUCGCCUUACAUCCACCAACUGAACUAUUGAUUUUCGGUAUGUUUCGUAUAAAGAAAGUAUUUCGUAUAUUAUUAAUAAUUGUCUGGUAACAAAAGAAAAAAAUAUAUAUGUAUAUAUAUAUAUAUAUAUGUUCAUAUUAAUUGUGUGUAUUUGCGUAUAUGGUUCUGUAAAUUAUUUUCUUUUAUAAGUUAAAUAUUUCCUAAAUUUUAGGAAAUUAUAAAUAAUAAUUGAAAAUUAGAAAUACAUCCGGUAAUAAUAUAAUUGCAUAGUGGAUGCCAGGACGAUCGCCUUACAUCCACCAACUGAACUAUUGAUUUUCGGUAUGUUUCGUAUAAAGAAAGUAUUUCGUAUAUUAUUAAUAAUUGUCUGGUAACAAAAGAAAAAUAUAUAUAUGUAUAUAUAUAUAUAUAUGUUCAUAUUAAUUGUUUGUAUUUGUGUAUAUGGUUCUGUAAAUAAUUUUCUUUUUUAAGUUAAACAUUUCCCAAAAUUUAGGAAAUUAUAAAUAAUAAUUGAAAAUUAGAAAUAAUCCGGCAAAUUAUAUAAUUGCAUAGUGGGUGCCAGGACGAUCGCCUGACAUCCACCAACUGAACUAUUGAUUUUCUCGGUAUGUUUUGUAUAAACAAAGUUUUUCGUAUAUUAUUAAUUAUUAUUCGAUAACAAAACAAAAUAUAUAUAUGUGUAUAUAUACAUAUAUAUGUGUUCAUAUUAAUUGUGUUUGUAUUUAUAUGGUUCUGUAAAUUAUUUUCUUUUUUAAGUUAAACAUUUCCUAAAUUUCAGGAAAUUAUAAAUAAUUAUUGAAAAUUAGAAAUAAUCCGGCAAAUUAUAUAAUUGCAUAGUGGGUGUCAGGACGAUCGCCUGACAUCCACCAACUGAACUAUUGAUUUUCUCGGUAUGUUUUGUAUAAACAAAGUUUUUCGUAUAUUAUUAAUUAUUAUUCGAUAACAAAACAAAAUAUAUAUAUGUGUAUAUAUACAUAUAUAUGUGUUCAUAUUAAUUGUGUUUGUAUUUAUAUGGUUCUGUAAAUUAUUUUCUUUUUUAAGUUAAACAUUUCCUAAAUUUCAGGAAAUUAUAAAUUAUUAUUGAAAAUUAGAAAUAAUCCGGCAAAUUAUAUAAUUGCAUAGUGGGUGUCAGGACGAUCGCCUGACAUCCACCAACUGAACUAUUGAUUUUCUCGGUAUGUUUUGUAUAAACAAAGUUUUUCGUAUAUUAUUAAUUAUUAUUCGAUAACAAAACAAAAUAUAUAUAUGUGUAUAUAUACAUAUAUAUAUGUGUUCAUAUUAAUUGUGUUUGUAUUUAUAUGGUUCUGUAAAUUAUUUUCUUUUUUAAGUUAAACAUUUCCUAAAUUUCAGGAAAUUAUAAAUAAUUAUUGAAAAUUAGAAAUAAUCCGGCAAAUUAUAUAAUUGCAUAGUGGGUGUCAGGACGAUCGCCUGACAUCCACCAACUGAACUAUUGAUUCUCGGUAUGUUUUGUAUAAACAAAGUUUUUCGUAUAUUAUUAAUUAUUAUUCGAUAACAAAACAAAAUAUAUAUAUGUGUAUAUAUACAUAUAUAUGUGUUCAUAUUUAUUGUGUUUGUAUUUAUAUGGUUCUGUAAAUUAUUUUCUUUUUUAAGUUAAACAUUUCCUAAAUUUCAGGAAAUUAUAAAUUAUUAUUGAAAAUUAGAAAUAAUCCGGCAAAUUAUAUAAUUGCAUAGUGGGUGCCAGGACGAUCGCCUGACAUCCACCAACUGAACUAUUGAUUUUCUCGGUAUGUUUUGUAUAAACAAAGUUUUUCGUAUAUUAUUAAUAAUUAUCCGAAAACAAAAAAAAAUAUAUAUAUGUGUAUAUAUACAUAUAUAUGUGUUCAUAUUUAUUGUGUUUGUAUUUAUAUUGUUCUGUAAAUUAUUUUCUUUUUUAAGUUAAACAUUUCCCAAAGUUUAGGAAAUUAUAAAUAAUAAUUGUAAAUUAGAAAUAAUCCGGCAAAUUAUAUAAUUGCAUAGUGGGUGCCAGGACGAUCGCCUGACAUCCACCAACUGAACUAUUGAUUCUCGGUAUGUUUUGUAUAAACAAAGUUUUUCGUAUAUUAUUAAUGAUUAUUCGAUAACAAAACAAAAUAUAUAUAUGUGUAUAUAUACAUAUAUAUGUGUUCAUAUUAAUUGUGUGUGUAUCUAUAUGGUUCUGUAAAUUAUUUUCUUUUUUAAGUUAAACAUUUCCUAAAUUUCAGGAAAUUAUAAAUAAUAAUUGAAAAUUAGAAAUACAUCCGGUAAUAAUAUAAUUGCAUAGUGGAUGCCAGGACGAUCGCCUUACAUCCACCAACUGAACUAUUGAUUCUCGGUAUGUUUUGUAUAAACAAAGUUUUUCGUAUAUUAUUAAUAAUUAUCCGAUAACAAAAACAAAUAUAUAUAUGUUUGUAUAUACAUAUAUAUCUGUUCAUAUUUAUUGUGUUUGUAUUUAUAUGGUUCUGCAAAUUAUUUUCUUUUUUAAGUUAAACAUUUCCCAAAAUUUAGGAGAUUAUAAAUAAUAAUUGAAAAUUAGAAAUAAUCCGGCAAAUUAUAGAAUUGCAUGAUGGAUGCCAGAGUGUGGGACUGACAUGCAUCAACUGAACUAUUGAUUGUCGGUGUAUUUGGUAUAAACAACGUAUUUCGUGUAAUAUUAAUAAAUAUGCGGUAACUAAAAAGAAUAUAUAUGUAUGUGUGUGUGCAUAUAUAUCUGUCCAUAUUUAUAUGGUUCUGCAAAUUAUUGUCUUUUUUAAGUUAAACAUUUCCUAAAUUUUUGGAAAUUUAAAUAAUAAUUGAAAAUUAGAAAUAAUCCGGCAAAUUAUAUAAUUGCAUAGUGGAUGCCAGGGCAAUCGGCUGACAUCCACCAACUGAACUAUUGAUUCUAUGUAUGUUUCGUAUAAAGAAAGUAUUUCGUAUAUUAUCAAUAAUUGUCUGGUAACAAAAAAAAAUAUAUAUAUGUGUAUAUAGAUAGAUAUAUAUGUAUGUAUGUGUUCAUAUUAAUUGUGUGUGUAUUUGUUUCAUAUUAAGUUGAUGUAUAUAUAUGGUUCUGUAAAUUAUUUUGUUUUUUAAGUUAAACAUUUCCUAAUUUUUAGGAAAUUAUAAAUAAUAAUUGAAAAUUAGAAAUAAUCCGGCAAAUUAUAUAAUUGCAUAGUGGAUGCCAGGGCGAUCGCCUGACAUCCACCAACUGAACUAUUGGUUGCAGUUAUUUUUUUAGUAAAGUAUUUCGUAUGUUAUUAAUAAUAAUUCGGUAGAAAAAAAAAGUUUGUUGAAUAUAUAUAUAUAUAUUUUUAUAUUUAUAUUUGAAUUGAAAUUGUGCGUUUUGUGUAUGUCGAUCUGUAAAUUAUGUUCUUAUGUAUGUUAAACAUUUCCUAAAAUUUCGGUAAUUACUAAUAAUCAUUUAAAAUUAAUUCUCACAGUGAAAAAUAAAAUAUUGUAUUGCUGAUGUUUUUGAGUCCGAUCGCACACUAUUGCAAUAAUUAAAUAAUUGAUUAGUUGAUUAUUAAUUUUCGUACAUACAUAUUUGUGUACUUGUAUAUAUAUGUACGUUUAUGUGUGCUACUAUUUGUGACUAUAUUCUCGUUCUCGUUGGAAUUACUACAUUUUAGAAUCGAGAUACGAGUACGUUAAACGAAAUAUAUAGGUAUAAUCUAAUAUAGAGAUUUCUCUUUCGACUACUUUUUUUUGUUUUACUUUUUGCUUGCAUCUUUUUUUUUUCUUUAUUUUUGUUUUGUGCAAGCAGCCAAGUAAAAGAACUUAUUUUCCGAAGCAGGAAACUGCGUUGAAAGCGCAUUGUUUCCAAUAGCUUCGUUUACGCUGCAGAUCUCCAAUCUCGAGCUGGUUUCUAAGUCGUUUUAUGAUCUGCUUCGUAAAGAGAUAAUUUAUUAGAGCUGCGUCGAUGGUACCGUCAUCAUCCACCAACUGUAAUAAUAGAAAUGAAAGUAUAUAUUUUUUUCCUUUUUCUUCCUUCCUUUUUCUUUUUUCCUUUCUUCUACUAUUUUAUUUGAAAAUAAAAAAAUAAUUACUUUUAUACUUUUAUCGUAAAAAUAUAAAUAUAUAUUUACUUUGUCUUUUUAAUUUAUAUAAUAUUUUGUAUUAUGUAUGUGUAUGUAUGGGUGUGUAUGUAUUUUAUUCGAGAAAGAUAAACAUUAAUUUUAUAUCGAUUAAACGAAAUAUUGUACCUUUAAUUUCGAAAUUGUGUAAUAAUAAAAGAAGAAUGAUUUCAAUUUAAUGUGUAAAAUAAAUAGGAAGAUAUCGUAUUAUUAUAUGUUAUUAUAUUAUAGUAUUUGUCUUCUUUUAAUAUUUUAACAUGGAAAAAUGUUAUUUACUUUUUAAUUAAUAACGUACGAAGAUAAAAUAUUUUCAUCAGAUUUCUGUAUAAAAUAUCGUAAUUCAAUAAAAAUCGUUUGUACUGUC